AUGGACGACAGUAUCCCAGUUGCCGACCUCCAGCACCAAGCUGGAUCCCUAGCCGCCAUUGCCUUUCACAAUAUCGAACACUGCACACAAAAGAUCUCGUCUGCGAUCCGAGGAUAUCACCAUCUCCCCAAUACGGGGGCUGAACACAGCAACAACGACGAGGCCCAUGACGCAGCGAAAUAUACCAAGGCAUUCAUCAAAGGCCGCAAGGUGGCCGUCAAGGUCGCCAACCUCAUUAACCGUGGCAAAACUACUCACCCAGUCCCGUUGAGGGUGUCUGGCAGCGGGUUGGUCGGAGGGUCACCCUGUGAAGGGCACGCGCGCCUGAUCGAGGGAAUUACCUGGUUCGAAAAGACUCAAUUCAAUCACCAGUCCCUCAGGCCCGAAAGAAAUCAUCCCACAGCCACACAUUACCUGCAUUUUUCAACUCCACUGGCGCAGAUUAUUCCUGGGGCAGAAGGGAGGACGCAACCCAUGGACCUCGUGCAGGAUAUCACCGUUAUCUCGGGUAUGUGCCUCUGGGCAUCAAGGAUCAUCCAGUCGAGUAUGCCACGGKGUCAACGGCUCGACAUAUCCAGACUCCAAUCUGCCAAAGUCACCCUAUACGAGGUUGAAUACCUCGCUCGCGCGGUCCCAGUCAUCGCCGACCUGGCUGCGGUACUAUCCGCAAAUAAUCAAUACCAGCCAACGCCACUGAGCAUCCGCCUCGACAUCCCCAGCUUCCACUACUACCACUCCCUCGAGGAGCGUCUCCGUGACGGAUGCUGCACCUUCCCCGAGGCACUGCAAUGGAUGCACGCCGUCGAGGAGCGCCACCACCAGCUGUCGCGGGUAUUCCGCCGCCUCGUCGACCACGAGCUAUCCCGGCGGUUGGGUGGGACUCCUCACCGUCGGAAACUGGAUAUCCAGGUCUCACCUUUAGCGGACCUGGUAUGCCAACAGAUCUGUGACUCCUUGGCCAACAGCAUCCUCCCCGAUCUGGAUGAUAUCCUGCGCGUUCUAGAGACGGAAGACGCUACCUGGGCCCGUUUCUACGCGCUGGUCCCGAAGAACGAGCGGGUGACCGACUUCCGGGGUCUGAGCUAUCUUUUCUACGUGUACCAGGUACUGAGGCCGGCUGUGGAAGAAACUCAAUGCGCCGCAGAAAGUGGCAAUGGCGACGCAGCAACAAAAUUACUGAUCAGUGUCGAUGACGCGUUCGAGCGCCGGAUCUACUCGCGGAGUCAGAAACUGCUGAAGAAGCUGCGGGCAUCGCUGCCAGCAUCUGCGGCUGCCCCUCAUCUACUCGAGGUUUAUCUAUGUCGACGUAUAUUUAUCAACAGCAAUGAGACAGGGUCGAAUCUCUACCUGGAUGACCCGUCGCCUGAGCCAUUUCUGUUGCGACUGUGCCAAGGACUGGCUGCCGAGGAGAAGCAGAAGCAGCAACUUGUCCGAGCUCAGGAUCAGGAUCGACAUCAAUGGCGCUCUGAGACGGUCAAGCUGGAUGCAUUCGAUGUGGUUGAGGGGUUGUAUGGAUCUUACCUGGCUGAAGUGCUCAAGGACUUGUUUGCAGAGGUGGGGCUGGGAGCUUAG